AUGGCAUCUCACCAAGAAUUGUUCGCGGAGGUAGUCUUGUCGGAUUUCGAUGACGAGAUGAUGUCCGAUCGGGAAGUAGAAGCAGAGAUGAGGGUUACCAUUGAGGAAAUUGCGGCUCCAAGUGGGAAUCCAGCAAUGGAUCUUGCUCCCACCACCUCUGAGGCUCCUACCUCUGUCGUUCCAGCACCUACAACCCAACCUAUAGAUCCACCGCGUCAGGUUGCCAAAGCGGAAUUUGCCAAACCCCCCUCCCCGUGUAGAUUGUGUUCCCGCUCUCACCCCCUAUAUAAAUGUCCGCGUUUCAAGAGAAUGUCGGUUGAGAAGCGUUUGCGUGCGGUAGAUGGGAGUGUAACCCAAAACUUGCACGUUUCAUUUUCAAAGUAUCAAUACGAGCAGCUGAUUGAGUCAUUAAGUUACGCUACAAAUAUUGUUCUUGCUAGAGAGGCUCAGAGACCAAAUGUAGAGGAAAAAUUCAUUGAGAAUAGUGAAAAACAAAACGAUGCUAAUACAGUAUCCAACUUUCAAGUGAUAAGCGUACAAUUUUCUGUGCCUAUUCUUAAAUUAGAUUUACGAAAUGAGCAUAAAAUGUCAUUGAUACACCUUACGUUUCAAGAAUUUAGUUUCAAAAAUAUGAGAAUUGCUGGAAAGCAGAAAGAACUUGAAAUACAGCUUCGGUCCGUCAUCAUGGAAGAUUUGAAAUGUCCUCUAACGUCCAAAUAUAGAAAAAUGAUCAACUCAUCUAAUGAUAUGAAUGAAUUGCAGCAUGUGUUUCGAAGUAAGAAGUCAAGUUCUUGUUCUGACCUUUCAAAGAAUAACAAUUUAUAUGUGUGUAAAGUAUAUGGAUCCAUACCUUCAAAUCUAAACAAUGUGAUAAAUCCAUCGACGACAGCACAGGAAAGCGACAUGAAAGCUAUUAAAAAAAUCGAUGAUAUAGAAAUAAGCGAUCGAAAAAUAUCUACAGAAAAUUUGGUAAUAUACAAGUCAGUUACAAGUAAUUCACCCCACAAUGAGAAGAUCGAAAUUGUUGCAAGUUAUAUUGACUUCAACUGCUUAAAUUUGAUAAUAUCAAUUGACAAAUGGUUCAUGGUAUUUGAUUUCUUUGGUUUAAUAUCCAGUAAUCCAGACCGAGAGGAACUUUCAAGAAAAUCCCAGCAAAAUGGUAAGGAACAAGUGUGUAAAAACUCAGAUAAAUCUUCAUCGUCAAAGGAAUUAUUGAUAACUAUUCGAUCAUUAAACUUGAUAUUGGUUAGAAAUGAGUCAGAACUAGCAAAAGCUUGUGUAUCUAACGUACAACUUCAUGUAAAUCGUGAUAUUUCUCUCCAAUCUGUUGAUGGGCGCUUAGGAUCCAUUUCCAUAUAUGACCUUACUCCUUAUGGAUACCUAUAUCCGGAAAAAUUUUCAACUUCAGGAAUGGAAGCUCUUAGUUUUACAUAUAAAAGAGUUAAAAAAGCAGAUACUCACCUGAGCCGAUCUUUAGAAAAUGACGCACAUUUGGUUAUAAAUAUGUCAUCCGUGAAAUAUGUUCACACUAAGCGGUUCAUUAUUGAAUUACAUUUGUUUGUAAAAGAACUCAUACAGUUACAAUCGCCAGUUAUGAGUCACCUAAAUAAUAAAAACACAGGAGAAAAAAAUCGUAACAGAUCACAAAAAGUUGGCUUGGAAGUGCAUGCCGAUUCUCCUAUUAUUCUGCUCCCUGUAUCAUAUAACAGUAAUCAUAUGUUGAUCGCAGAUCUGGGAAAAUUCACUUUACGGAACUGUUUUAAGUUUUCAAAUGAUCUGCGUGCUUUAAAUAUGUCGCGAACCACCGAGUCAUUAUACAACGAAAUUAUCGACUUAAUGAAUAUUGACUUAGUAAACAUUAAUCUCCUAACGGGUGAAAGAGAAACAAAAAAUAUUGGACCCGACACUGGCCAAAAUUCAAAUAUCUUACACGUAGGAAAUUUUUGCAAAGUGAAACUUGGAGAUACCAUAUUUAAAGAAAAAUGCUAUUUAAAAAUUCAUAUUAUGAGGAAUACCGAAUCGGAUGUAACCCACAACAGUCCGGAUAUUAGUGUUAAAGGCACUCUUUCUGAGUUAAAUGGGGUUAUAAAUUUACAACAAUAUAAAUUAAUUAGAGGAUUUCUUAACUACAACCUGGGCGAAGCCAUUGAUGACGUAUAUUACAACUAUGAAAUGAACUUGAACGAAUCACUUGAAAUAUUGUCAUCGAUGUCCAAAGUCGAUGUCUCGCAAAAAACAUCGACUGUAUGGAAUACACUUUCUAUUAGUUUCUUACUUGACAAUGUCACAAUAUAUUUGGCCGAGCCGCUCUUAAAUUUGAAUUGUGAAGCUCAAAACAUAAAUUUAGCCUGCAUAAAAUUUAUAAAAUCAAAUCUUGAAAUAGACUCCUUCAGCGAUGGGUCACAAGAUAUCGAUUUAAUAUCCAGCGAAAUACUUCUUAUGGACGCCAGAGAAAAUGAUUUUGUUUCGUCUGAACGAAAUUAUUUUAAAAACAUUUUAAAACCAUCCAAUAACAAUGUUUCUAAAAAUACUGUUCAAGCAGAAAUUCAUAGUCGCAGAAGGGCUGGCGUUUCCAAGUACACAAUUUUGUUUAACAAUAUGAGGAUAAUGGCUCUCCUAGAUUACCUUAAACGAUUAAAGGACUUUUUAAAUGAAGAGCCUUAUAUGUCAACAGCUAUAGAAAAAAAUGUUAAGUCAAAUGUCAGUGGGCCAGCGUUGUCCGAUGACUCCGCAAAAUAUGAGUUUGUAUUAAAUAUAACAGAUUCUGAAAUCGUGUUCGUGGAAAAUACCUCUCAACAAGACUCAAAUGCAAUUAUUCUCAAAAGCACAACUGUAUUUUCUUAUAAACCCAAUAGCAGUGUUGUGCCUAUAUCCAUCGAUAUAAAUCAUCUAGAAAUAUUCUCCUGUAUUUUGGGGUGCGAAAACGAAAGCUCAUUAUCAAUAAUAGAUCCUUGUACACUGAACAUGGAACUUCGAAAUAACUGCUUUCAGAUUUCUGUUCAGAAUCAAAUAUUUUUGAGAGUUUCGUAUAACGACGUUAUGCUUUUUUCUCGUAUUAUGGAGUCUAUACCUAGGCAAACUAUAAAAACUGAAUCUUCGCACUCAAACGUUGACAAUAUUACACCGCUGAUGACAAUGGGCUUUAAACCGGACGAUUGUUCACUGGCAAUGCAAAUAAAUAACAACAACAUAAAUGAAGCGGCAAUAUGGUUAUCCCACCAGAAGUCCAAAAAUUCCAACACUGGUAUCAAAAUAAGCAGCAUAACUUUUAAUGCGAAUUGCUUAUCUAUUUGUAUAAUCGAUGAUUGCUUAGACGCUGAUGUCCCGCUCCUGGAGGUUUCCCUAGCACACCUAAAAAUAGACCAAAAAAUUGAUUUAUUCAAUGACACUCAUCUCGUGAAAUGCUACGAAGGUAAAAUUGAAACAGUAAUGUCAAGUAAUUAUUAUAAUCGACAUUUAAGUGGUUGGGAGCCGAUUAUUGAAGCUUGGGAAAGUUCUGCUGUUUGGAAAUACUCUAAAUCUAACGCUGAACAUUCGAAGUGUUUGCACAUUCAAGUUAAUAGCAAACAGAUAUUGAAGUUUAAUAUUACUACCACGCUCCUAGAAUUAUGUGAACUUGUCCGGAAAAACUGGACGCAAGACUAUUUUGUUCGGUCAAGCGAUAAUGAAGGUUUGAGUAUUCGAAAAAGACAACCGUUCGUGCCGUUCGCUCUUAAAAAUUUAACUGGAGAACCACUCAUUUUUAAGACAUUCUUCUCACAUGCCGGAGGCAUUACUCGCACCAACGUGAGACAGCAGGAUCUAAUGUGUGAUUGGAUAUCUGCACAACACAACGAAACCGUGACGUUCGAUUUUGGGCCCCAAAGCAAACUAAGACACUUUGACUCCCACAAAUUAAAUAUGCAUCAAAUUCUGGUUCAAAUACAUGGUUGGACACUGAUAGGUCCCAUCUCGAUUGAUAAAGUAGGAAUAUUUUUCCGUUAUGCAAACCUCGACAUGCAGUAUAGUAAGAAGACAAGAAUAGUUUUCGAGAUAUCACUUAUUGGUUCAGCACAAAAACUUAUAACUGUUCGAUCAGCCCUAAACGCUGUGAACAAUACUAACAAGCAGUUUUUUCUACAUUUAAAGUUACGAAAUGAGAAUGAAAGCGCCGUAAUGUCAGUAAAUCCUCAACAGAAAAUAAACAUACCCUUACGUUAUGUGGAGUCGCUCAUAUACAUUAAGCCUUACAUAGAAAACGACCCAAUGAAUAAUAUAUAUGAGCAAUUAAAAAAUGAUAAAAUAGGUUCCUUCAGGAAAUAUCAACUGCAACAAUUUGAAGAAACUGGAUUUUGCACGAGGUCGAUAUCAUGGCUAAACUGUAUUACGCAGGAUUCUAUGCAAGAUGUUCAUUCGUGUUUUUUACCAAACAAACUCCCAUUUUUUGUCAUUUCGGAAAUAAUAAAAGAUAAAUAUCCCCUACGUGAUGUUGCAACAUUGCCUGGACAUACAAUAACAAUUUUCCCACCUCUAAAACUCAAAAAUCUGCUUUGCUGCGACAUUCUAUAUAAAAUUUAUGGACAUAUUGAGGGCAGGAUCGAGGCGUCAAAGGAAAUAGAGAUAUAUUCCAUUGAUAUUAAUGAAUCAUUUUACAUGAGUAUAAGUUUAGACAACUAUAGACUUUCUGGCCAAAUUAAGAUUCCUAUGGGACACAGUGGCAUUGUGGAACCCAAAUUUAAGUUAAUUGACAUUCUUAACAGAGAGCUAUUUUUAAGAGUCUCCAUACAGUCGUUUCCAGGAAAAGGCAUAGCAAUAUAUAUUGGCGCUCCGAUAUGGAUUAUUAAUAAAACAGGCCUGCCUUUGAUAUUUAGACAAGAGGGAACGAGCCAUCCAGCAUCUGGACAAUUCGAUGAACACGAACAUGCCAGAGAAGUAUCGCCGCUCAUGUUUUCCUUUUCCGAUCAAGAAGGUUCACCCUUAAUCGAGUUUCGCUUGGGAAAAACUUAUGGUGAAAACAAUCCGUGGUGCAAAAGUUUCGGAAUUCAUAAAGAAACCACAUUCCGUGAACUGAAAGCCGAAAAAUCAAAAACAAACUAUGUUGUUGGAGUCAAUAUCCAGAGGGGAAAAGGACUCUAUCUUACUACCACUUUUAUAACUCUAACUCCUCGCUUCCAAUUAUAUAAUCGAUGUUCAAGAGAAUUACAGUUUGCUCAAAAGUGCGACGUUAAGCAACAGAGUACAUCAAAAAAUAUUAUUUCCGCACUGCCAGGGAGUAAUUUUCCUUUCCACUGGAGCAAUUGCGAACAAGAGCCCCUAUUAUGCGUACGAGCAGCAGAUAGAGAUUAUUGCCAAUGGUCCAACGGAUUACCAGUAAAUGAGGCAAAAAGCGUAUAUAUAAAUCUAAGGAAUGAUAUUGGAGAAAUGAGUUUUCUUCGUUUGGAAGUAAUUCUGCAUGGAGGUACAUAUAUUUUACAUUUCACAGACGCACACAAUCUACCACCACCUAUAAGAAUAGAUAAUUAUUCUGAAGUCAACAUUCAUUUUUCCCAGAAGGGAGUCGAACCCUUUUGGCGAACUAUAACAUACGCAAAUUUUAUUUAUAUUGCGUUUAAAGAGACGUUUCGUUAUGUAACAUCUGAUUGUGAUGACACAAAAGUUGGUAUAGAAGGACAACAGCUAGUACUCGGUGUAAAGGACAAGCGA